AUGAGGACGACGAGGAUGAUGCUUAUGAUGAUGAUGAAAAAGCAGGCUUUUCAGGGGUUUGGAAUUGUGGGGUAUGGGGGAUCAGGGAAAACCACACUUGCCCGAAAGGUUUUCUGGAAUUUGAGAAAUUUGUUCUCGCCAAGGAUUUGGGUUUCUUUGUCUGGGACCCUUUAUGAUGCACCGGUGAGCGGGGAGUUGAGAGUGAAGAUUUUAAGGAAAAUGCUGGAGCAGGCUGGUUGUGAUGUCUCAGAAUUGUCGACUGCUAAUGUUGGCGAUAUUCCCAAUCUCACUGAGAAGCUUUACCGUCGACUAACGGGCAAGAGGUAUCUUAUUGUGUUGGAUGAGGUCUGGCACGUUAAUGGUUGGCGAAAAAUUGUUGCAACACAAAUGAUAGGUGAGAAGAACUUGAUGCCAAUUGAUACUCUGCUGGACCGAGAGAUUGGCUGGUCGGUGUUUUCUGAAGCUGUCCGUCAAGAUGGAAGAGUUGAUGUGAAUAACAACACUCUGUUAAAGAUGGAGGAGAUAAGCAGCAAAGAAUGUGCUGGCCUUCCCUUAGUUGCCAGGACUUUAGCAACGAUAAUUCCAGAACAAAUCCAAGAUGAGGAGGCUGAAUAG